CAGCUUCCGGUCUGUGACGAUUUGGCUGCUCCUUCGUUUUGUGAACCCUGUCCUAGUGGGCGGCGAACAGCGUGCAGUGGUGGUGAUGUCAACAACAUCGAGAGCCUGAUGAACCAUGAUCACCACAGAGGCUGCAAGAGAGUUCCACGCCAAAGAAUGCAAAUACAAAGAGCAGCUGAAGAGACGUUUAUCGUCAGCCUUAUCAGCAGACCUAAACAGGUUGCUGCAGGAGGAGCUGGAGGCGGAUGUUUCUCUGUAUGCUGGGUCAGGCUCGCUUCAAGCACACAGAGCCAUACUGUUGGCCAGAGCUCCCCAUGUCCUUCAGGGAGGGACACACAAAGAUCCUACCAUCAUUCAUCUGUCUGACUAUGAGCUGUCCGGGUUGAAAGAUUUCCUCAGGCAACUGUACACAGCAGACCAGAGCAUGCGCGUGUCUGAUAUAAUCCCAGACGUGGAGGGCGCAGUGCCAGAAAGUACACAGCUUGUUCCCAAUCCAGCAGACCAUAGUUCCACUGACUCAGAUGUUGUUCUUGAGUCAGCUUCUGGCCUUGGAGCUGACUUGCUGGAUCUGUACCAAAGGGGAGAGCAGUGUGAUAUCACCAUCCAGGUAGCGGAGCAGGUCUUCUCCUGCCACAGGGCAAUCCUGUGUGCACGCUCUCAGUACUUUCGAGCGAUGCUAAGCGGGAGUUGGAUGGAGAGCUCCAGACAGUGCAUCACUCUGCAAGGUUUAGGGCCAGAUGAGAUGGAGAUCCUGCUCCAGUUCAUGUAUGGGGCAAUUGUGGAUCUGCCACCUGGAGCCAGUGCCAGUCAGGUGGUGUUGGCAGCCGACAUGUUGGGCUUAGAGGGCCUGAAGGAUGUGGUGGAGAUGGUUCUCACCCGAGACUACUGCCGCUUCUUUCCCAAGCCAAUUGACGGUGUUCAGAGAACGGUUCUCGAGUGUCUGUCCCUCACACACGCCUUAGGCCUCCAAAACCUCCACAUGCUAUGUAAGAGGUGGGUUGCUGAUCAUUUUGUGAAGACCUGGUGCGAGAGAAACUUUUCCCUGUUGUCCCCUGAGCUUCAUGUGGCCUGUCUAACAGCUGUAACUGAAACCAUGACUGUGCAGAACGCAGUAACCAUGCUCUGUGGCACUGAGCAAUUGAUUGGCAGUCUCCCAGAAGUCAAGUGGGCCCAACAGGUAAGGAGUCUCGCCACAGAGCUUCAGGAGAAGAGCCUGAAUGUCCUUGUCCAGCAUCUCCCCAGAGUCAUCCGCACUCAAGCCUUCCAAGACCUUUGCAGGAGAGAAGAGUUUACCCGUGAGCCAACGUUGUUGAAGAAGCUGUGUUCAGCCAUCAGAGAAGGUGUGACUGUGGACAACUGCUGUGAUCUUUUCGCUGCUGUGUACAGUCUAUGUGGAGAUGACAUGGAAGAGGAAUCUCUCCUGGAGCAUGGAGAGCAAAAACAAGAGAAGCCAUUCAGGCAAGAGAUUUGUACGCUGCGCGGUCGACUCUGGACCUUUCUGCUUCAGACCUUUUACGCAGUCCGCCACACGCAGGGAUGGGAGACCCUGUCUUCCAAACACAAAGAGAGGAUACUAGCAGAUGCUAUUGAUAAAGGGGACAAUCGGAGACUUGGUAAAAAGCCUGUAUUCACUAGCUCACAGUCAAGGGCUGUAAAAUGCCCUUUAUCUGCACCUGAGAGUCCGCCUGUGCACAGGACCCAGAGGUCCGAAAUUGCAAUUUCCUCCUCCCAUAGUGCUGCAUCAGCCAUGAAGUCUGAUGGACUGGGGACAGCUAACAAACCAGUAGAUGGUCACACAUCCAAGGCAAGGACUGGGAAGAAGCCUGGAGACCGGACUUUAGCAGGAAAAGCAAAGACAGCAUCAGCUGGCUCACCAAUUGUCAAUGGCACAGGAGCUGCAGGGCCCAGGCGGGAUGGAGCCAGUGCCAAUGGCCCCAGAAGCUCUCAAGGUGCUAGAGAGCACGAAAAGAAGCCAAACCCAGGUGCACGGCCUAAAACAUCUCCCCCAAGCUGCACAUCUACAAGCCAGACGGGGGUAAUGAAGGCUCAAAAGACCUCAACAGGAAAGACUGACAUUGUUGGCACCACCCAAGCUCAGCCCAGCGCUUCAUCCACAUCAGGCAGCGCCUCGCCAGAGAACGGUGCCAGCAGCCCUCGCAACGACACCCACUCCAUCCCAGGUGCAAAGACCAAACACCAGACUAAGGCGGUAAACAAAUCCCCACUAACAAAAUCUCCUCAGAAAUCAGAUACAACGAAGAUCAGCAGUCCUACCAAUAAGUCAAGUGUGAGAGACAGUGGCAAAGUCAAGACUGGUGCAGCAGAGAAAGCCUCUACUGGAGUGACAGCAGCAAGAGCUGACACCAAGGGAAGAGGCACACCAGACCACCAUGUCUCUAAGCAUGGAUCCUCUAUGAAAAAGCCAGCAUCCCCUAGAAAAGAAGACGGCAAAGACGGUUUGAAAUCCUUAGUACCAGACAAAGCAGCCAGUGAGGCUCAUAAAAAGAAGAUCACAAAACCCGUUUCGGCGACUGGAGCCUCAGCUAAAUCCAGUGCUAAACCACCAAAAGCCUCUUUGGCCCCCUCCAAGCAAUCUUCAGUAGUAGCUGCCAAGUCUGGACCAAAGCCAAAAAGUACUACUGAAUUAUCAAUGGAGAAAGCUUCUCCAAAAUCUGGAGGAACUUCCAAAACCUCAGCUGUGUCUGCCUCCAAGAAAUCAGGAACUAAAGGAAAAGAGACGGUGAAUGGUAAAAAUUCAAACAGCAAAACUGAGCUUGCUCCAACUGAGAACACUUGUGACGUUGCAGUGCAUGAAGAUAGUACAGAAGUAGUGCUUUCUGACCGGCCUGCAGUGCGCAGAACACAGUUAACCAGCCAGGGCGGAGGGGAUUCAUUUAGCCUUCAACUAGAAUCAUCCCCUACAAGUCAAAAGCCUGAAAUACAGUCAGGAAACACUGAUGCACCAGCAGCUAACAAACCCCCCCAUGUCAAAUCUGCUAAUGCAGACACUUGCAAACAGACUGAAGGGAGUAAAGUAAAACAGUCUCCAAGCGGUGUCAUCCCCGCUCACAUCAGCGUAGGGCAAGUUAAUGAGGUCUGCUGCCCAAAUUCUCCGAGAGACACAGAACGCCCUAUAGACACCCCCUGCAGCGUGGGAAGCACUGACACUCCCUUAGAGGACUCCUGGAACGGCAUCCACCAUCAGGUCAGCCCACAGUCUGAGACUGGCAGCACACACACCACUUCCUCUGACGACAUCAAGCCCCGCUCAGAGGACUACGACGCAGGAGGCUCGCAAGAUGACGACUGCUCCAACGACAGAGGUGUUUCCAAGUGUGGCACUAUGCGCUGUCAUGACUUCUUGGGUCGGAGUAGUAGUGACACAAGCACCCCAGAGGAGUUAAAGAUGUACGAAGGUGGUGCAGGGUUGAGAGUAGAGGUUCGGCUGCGUGGACGAGAAGCAGAGACUACCAGCGAGGAGGAGGGAGUAAGACAGCGUCCUCGUUCCUGGUUGCAUAGAGACGAGGUUCCUGUUGAGGAGGAGCACUCUGAGGUCGAGGCCACGGUGACUGUAAAAAGCGUCCCUGACCACCAGCUCUUCUCAUCCUCAGAGGAGGAGGAGGAGGAAGAUGAAGAGGCAACGGAAGAUGAGAGGUCUGAAGUUGAGGUGAUUCCAGGUCAGGCGCCGCUGCCGCCAACUGAGCCCUCACCCCACUUUCAAGGCAUUGUCAACCUAGCUUUCGAUGAUGACGGUGUAGACCAGGAGAAUGACCAGCCCGACUACCAGUCUUCUAACUUCCGUCGCUCAGUGUUACUCUCUGUUGAUGAGUGUGAGGAGUUGGGCUCAGAAGAGGGCGGCGUCCAAACUCCACCUCAACAGCCCAAUGACGCUGUCACUUCCUGUGAUGUUUUUGAGUCUGACGCUACAGCUCCUCUGUGCAAAUGUGCCCCUUCCAGUGACAAACAAGACCACCUGAUUUGCCAUGUCGAAAGUGCAGGCCUGAAGGACAAAAAACAUGACGAGGAACAAGAAGAAAAAUCCUCUGUAUUUCUUACAGAGAUACAGGAGCCCGUGCACGAUGAGAGUAAUCACAUCCAGGUGGAUGAAUUGAAGUCCAGCGGCCCUCUCCUGGAUGCUGACACUAAAGUCCUCCCUGCCCAGGAGCGCCCAUGCCACCUAGAUCUGCGACACACUGAACAAUACAACGGAGGACUGCGCAAAAUUCAGACCAAUCCCCCAGAAAGCAAGAAAGCUGAUUUACAUCUAGACUUAAAUGAGCCUCAGCUGACAGGGGACACUCCUGUACAUACUGCAGAAUCUCCAGCAGGGGACAAUGGUUGUGACAGAUUGGAUCAAACCUGCAAACAUGACCGCCGACCAUCCAAAGCCCUCUCUCCCAUUUACGAGAUGGAUGUUGGAGAAGCCUUUGAGCACUGCUUGGACAAGGACAGGAAUGUUAAACUGAAGGCAGAGGAUGAAAAUCAAAGAGGGGAUGAUGACAAAAGCAAUGAGUUUGCAGAACGUGAUUGGAGCUUGCUUAGGCAGCUUCUCUCAGACCAUGAGUCCAAUCUGGGCGUCAUAAAUCCUGUGCCAGAGGAGCUCAACCUGGCCCAGUACCUUAUCAAGCAGACACUGUCCCUGUCACGUGACUGCCUGGACUCGCAGGCCUUCCUGUCCCCAGAGAAGGAGACCUUUAAACGCUGGGCGGAGCUCAUCUCGCCCAUGGAGGACUCCUCCACCAGCAUCACGGUCACCAGCUUCUCCCCGGAAGACGCUGCAUCGCCACAGGGGGAGUGGACCAUCGUGGAACUGGAAACACAUCACUGACUGGACGGAGGAGAGCAUGCCUGACAGUUGACACCUUCUCUGUGAACUUUAAAUGUCUUUACAUCAACUUUGUCUUAAUUUAUUAUAAUUUAUAAUCAUGUUCUGUUUCUCUUUUUGACAUGUCUUACUGGACUCUGCAGAACUCUGGACUUUGCAGCAGUUUAUUUGCAUUCCCCAUUAUGCCCUCAGUGGACUGUUUCUUGACACUAAUGGGUUGUUUUGCAUGCUGAUAUUUUUGUAAGUGUUGUUGCUUUGAAGCUCUAGAAAGGUAUAUAGAGUAAGAAAAAAAAUAAUUUCUUUCUCAUGGCAGUCUUGUAAUAACAUGGUUGACCGGCCUUUUCUUAAAGAAAAACAAUAUUGGCCUACAUGGCUUGCAUU